GUAUAAGGCUGGACGCUGAUUGGUUAGAAGUGUACGUCAUUUGAACGUGCCUACUGAUUGGCCGGUUGUUGAACCUCCGGAAGUACAAGUCAAGAUGGGGACUCGUUUGAAGGUUCUAAAUGCCUUUAAAACGCUGCACAGAACAAGGAUGGCUGUUUUUAAAGAUGACGAAGGGGCGCUGACAGCUGCUAGGUUAAAGAUCAAUGAAGAGUUUAAGAAAAACAAAAAUGAAACGUCAGAAGAAAACAUUCAGAAGAUGAUUAAAAUGGGCUCAGAUGUGGAAAUUGUUCUUCGAGAAUCUGUGGUACAAGUGGAGCAUAUUGGACAGCAACGGCUCUUGCUCCGACCCAGAGAAAGCCUCCUGCUGGAAAAUGUCCCCUAUUCUGAUGAACCCAGGAAAAAGUCAUGACGGACCUUUUUCAUCCACUCCUUUGUCAGCCAAAAGACUGAGAGUUUUCCUGCAGUUUGUCUGACUCAAACAAACCACAUUUUUGACAAAGCCACUGGAGCGAUCAUCACUGCAAGACCAGAAGUCGGAUUCAUUUUCAGAGAACAUGUCUAUGCGUUUAGUCUAACCACUCAUUUUAUUUUAACUUGAGACUAUUUCCUCAUUAGAAAUAGUUCAAUUCAUUAAUUGCAAUUUAAAAAUUGCAAAAAGACAGCAUGAGUGCUCAUGUGACUCUUUUUAGGUGGUGGAACAAAGGACUUGUAUGUUCUACAAUACACUGGAAACAUUUUCUUCUUUUAAAAAGCCAGUCAUAAAGUUUUAAAAAUUGCAUAUUUUUUUUAGAGGUAAGGGGCGAAUCACAGAGAAUGGGACACAGAAAUUAAUUUUUUCCUUAAAUGUCAUUGCUUUAAUAGACUUUGGUGUUAGUGCAAGAAAUAUAAAGUAAAAGAUUAAGUAAAUACAGAAUGUUAGCACAUGUUUAUGAAAACAGUAUAAAAUUGAUUUGUGUAAGAAGCAUUUUUCUUUUUAGCUGCUUGAGAAAUGUCUUAUACUUAUGAAGGCAUUUCCACCCAGUCUUACUAGUUUGAUAACCUUGCAUCUUGAUAGCCAAAGAAGAAUUGCAUUAAUGUGUUUCUAAAAGAUCACUCUUAGGUACCGUUAGCUAUUGAUCUGAUCAGUAAUUUCUCUGCUGUGUCUGGACUCUGUUUAAACAUAAAAAAGUGAAUUAUUUGCUUUUAAACACUAAGAUGUCCUCUCUAUCUGCAAUAUUCCAGUAAAAGAGUCCAUCAUUUACCUAGGAAUUACCUUCUCUAAAGAUAAAAAAGUCAGAUGCCAAUUAAAUUUUGAUCCAAUUAUUAAUAAAAGACAGACAAAGCUGAACCAAUGGCUCCAGAGAGAUUUAUCAUUGAGAGGCAGAGUUUUGAUAGCUAAAGGUGAGGGAAUUUCCCGCCUAACAUAUGCAGCUUUAUCCCUCAAUGUUAACAAAAUAUUUCUGAAAACCAUUGACAAAAAUGCUAUUUAAUUUUAUUUGGAGGAACAAAAACCAUUAUAUUAAAAAACAGUUGUAAUGAACACUUACGAUAAGGGUUGUCUUAACUUCCUAGACUUCUGUACAUUAAAUAAUACCUUUAAAAUAAAUUGGCUGAGACAUUUUAUUAAGAAUCCAACUUCAAUCUGAAUUUCAUACCAAAUUUCAUUUUCUCCAAAUUAGGAGGCAUAAACUUUCUUUUAUUUUGUAACUAUAAUGUGCAAAAGAUCCCAAUAAAGAUUUCCUACUUCCAU